CUCUGCCCUGGAGCUUGUGUGGAAAACGUGUUUUCAAAACACGUUUUUAGCUUUGACUGUUAGUGAAGCUGUUUGACACGUCAGCUGAUUGGCCGGCCGAUCAUCACUCGAGGAGCCGGAGUCACCGAUGCUGUGAUAUCAUGAGCGUCGUCGUCAAGAAGGACGAAUCUGGUGUUUACCAACGGGUGGUGUUAAAGAACGCCGCGCCACACCACUACGUGAAUGUCUGCCUUGUCCUGGAAGAUGAGUCGACCAAACUGAGUGGAGUUGAAUUUAAGCUGUUUAUCGUCUCAGGCCUGAAGAGCCUGUACGGAGAGGUGGGAGCAGCUUUACCUUUUGACGUGUUGAAGUACGAUGAAGACAAACGCUCGGCUCUGCUGCGUGUUUACAGCAGGGGUUUGGUGAAGCUGUGGAGCUCCCUGACUCUGCUGGGCUCCUACCAGAACCAGGCCUGUGCCUUCAGAGUGCUGCAGGUGUCUCCGUAUCUUCUGGCGCUGACAGGAAACAGCCGAGAGCUGCAGCUGGACUGACGCAGGAGAAGC